UCUUAGCCGGGUAUCUCCGCGAAGCCAACCUGCAGUCCCGUGCGGCUGCUGGCUGCGAUAGUGGCUGGCUGCCUGAUCUAUACGCGUUUAUCCUUCCGCGCGCGCAUACCGUACACAUUCGUACAAAUACUAUAGACAAAUGUGUGCAUGACUCGAGCUCCGACAACUGCCACUUUAUUUUCCUUUUGUUUUUCUUUCAAAUCGUCACAUAGUCGUUACAACUGUCACUUCGUUCGCCCUUGUGAUCGUAUGGUUUUCGCAAUGAUUUUACGCUCCGACUGAUUCCCUCUCGCUCCGAGCAAACGGUCCAAUCGCGGGCCGAUAAUAAUUUCUCACGGCGCGUGGCCAAGCAUAGUCGGGCAAGAAGCUCGACGACACCGUUCGCCGUUGAAAGCAAAAAAUAAAAAUAAAUAAAUAAAUAAAUAAAUAAAUUUGCCAUCGUCGUCGUUCGAUCGUCGGACGAAGUUGCGUUACGAUGAGAUCGUCUCGCGGUGCUCGGUCGUCGACGCGAUUCUCAGCAAGCAGUGCGCCGAGUAACGACGAGUGCGAUCGAGCCAGAGUCCGCGUCGAGUUGUAUACAAAAAUAUAUGAAUAAAUGAAUAAGUAAGUGCGCGCGUGUGUGCCUGUGCUCAUAUGCGGCUGGGUCUCGCGAACCUGCCGAGUCCAAGCCAUCCAAGAGAAUCGUGAAAAGAAAGAGAAAAACAAAACAAACAUCAUGGUUAAAAGUGGCUGCUGCUGCUGCUGCUGCUGCUGCUGCUGCUGCCGCCGCCGCUGCUGCCACCGCCGCCGUGGAUGCUGCGAAAGCUCCUCCGUGGACUCGCUAGUACGGCUCAAAGUGCUAACGCUCCAUGGACCAGUGGAAAGCUCGACUGGCUGAAUUUUUUGCGCGCGCGCGCGCCUUGUUUGCACGAGCAGCAGCUCUCGGCUUUGGCGAUAAAAAAAUGUGUUCCUUUGGCGAUUGCUUCGGCUAGAAAAAUGUGCAAGGCUCAGUCUGCGACAGGACGUUGGCCAGCGAGCACGUCGUUGGUGUAGAGACGUCAAAGAACAAUCCGAACUGCACACAAAGUGACCGAACGAAACGCAAAACAUAGAAAUAAACAGAGUGAGGUUAUACGGAGUGAGAGAGAGUUAUGACGGCCAAAUCGGGAGGGCCAGCCGGCUCCGCGACUAUCGCUACUCUCCCGAAAUAGUGCAGCGAUACGGAGAUAGAGAAAAAAAAGUUGCAUAGAUACUGAAAUUCAAAGUGUUCGUACAUGUGCGCAAACUCCGGAUUGGAAGGCCAGAAAGCGAGAAUUCGUGCGUGCAUUCGUAAAGUGCUGAUGUAUCAAUUCAUUUAUUGAAAAAAAAAGAAGAGUAUAAAGUGAAGUUCUUUGUUGUUAUUGUUCGUGUGCAAUAAAAAGAAGCGUCGUCGAUUGGUGCUCGCAGUGGCACCGAAUAAGUAAAAAAAAAAAAAGCAACGGGGCCAAAUAUAAUCGUGUUCGUCGACGUUUUUUUAUUAGCUAUACAAUAUAAGAGCAGCAUUAGCCACGCUGUGCAGUGCGCGAGUCGUUAUUUGUGCGGAUCGUCCGGGCGCCGGGAGAAAUGAGGCCUGCGAGUCCAGCCUCGACGCGUUGUCCGUUGACGACGACGACGGAGACGACGACGGAGACGACGGAGACGACGGCCACGAAGCCAAGGGAGCGGCUGCGGCUCGUAAAAACAGCCGACGGCUGCGCAACCAGAACAAACCAUCAGCGGAUUAUUCGCCAAGUUAUCGGCCUAUUCGCCAAACCAUCCUGGCUGUUCGGCUUGACGAUUCAUCUAGUCCUACUGCUCAUCGUACUGCCUCGAGACGUCGCUGGUGGAGCGUACGAACGGGCUUUACUAAACAAACUGCUGGCAAAUUACAAUACGCUCGAGAGGCCAGUGGAGAACGAGAGCGAGCCGCUGCAAGUGAAAUUCGGUAUCACGCUACAGCAAAUUAUCGACGUGGACGAAAAGAAUCAAAUAUUGACAACGAAUGCUUGGCUGAAACUGGAAUGGACAGAUUACAACCUCCAGUGGAACGAGUCAGAGUUUGGGGGUGUGAAAGAUUUGAGAAUCACGCCCAGCAAACUCUGGAAGCCGGAUGUGCUCAUGUACAACAGUGCGGAGGAGGGUUUCGACGGGACGUUCCAAACAAACGUGGUGGUCACGCAUAACGGCAGUUGCCUGUACGUCCCUCCGGGCAUCUUCAAGAGCACAUGCAAGAUAGACAUCGCUUGGUUCCCCUUUGACGAUCAACACUGCGAAAUGAAGUUCGGAUCCUGGACCUACGACGGCAACCAGCUCGAUCUGGUGCUCAACUCGAAGGAGGGAGGCGACUUGUCCGAUUUCAUCAUGAACGGGGAGUGGUACCUCAUUGGUAUGCCCGGCAAAAAGAAUACGAUAAUCUACCAGUGCUGCCCGGAGCCCUACGUCGACAUCACCUUCACUAUACAGAUACGCAGGCGCACGCUCUAUUAUUUCUUCAAUCUCAUCGUGCCGUGCGUGCUCAUAUCGAGCAUGGCCUUGCUCGGCUUCACUCUGCCACCGGAUUCCGGCGAGAAGCUCACUCUAGGGGUGACGAUCCUGCUGUCGCUGACAGUCUUCCUGAACCUCGUGGCCGAGAGUAUGCCGACGACCUCGGAUGCAGUGCCUCUGAUAGGAGUGACCAUCUUGCUAUCGCUGACGGUGUUCCUGAAUCUCGUUGCCGAAACAUUGCCGCAGGUCUCCGACGCUAUACCCUUGUUAGGAACGUACUUCAACUGCAUAAUGUUCAUGGUGGCGAGCAGCGUCGUGCUCACCGUCCUCGUUCUCAAUUAUCAUCAUCGAAAACCUGACAAUUACGAGAUGCCGAACUGGACAAAGUCGGUGUUUCUACAAUGGCUGCCCUGGAUACUGAGAAUGGACCGUCCCGGCAAGAAAAUCACCCGAAAGACGAUCCUCAUGAGCAAUCGCAUGAAGGAGCUCGAGCUCCAGGAGCGCAGCAGCAAGAGCCUACUAGCCAACGUCCUAGACAUCGACGACGACUUUCGUCACAUAAGCGGCCAAACGACCGCCUACUCGACCAACAACAUGAGGGCGGAAUACUCUCGGUACGGCACGCCGAUGACGCAGCGGCCGGCCACGGUCGAGGAGACGUCCGCCUCGCUGCCGCUGAGCGGCACGCAGCGCGAGCUCCACACGAUCCUCAAGGAGCUGCAGUUCAUCACGAGCCGCAUGAAAAAGUCCGACAUCGAGUCCGAGGUCAUAAGCGAUUGGAAGUUUGCCGCCAUGGUCGUCGACAGAUUUUGCCUGAUAGUGUUCACGCUGUUCACGGUGAUGGCGACGGUGGCGGUGCUGCUUUCGGCGCCCCACAUCAUCGUCCAGUAGUCGAGCGCCAGUACCGGGCCGCCAUUCGCAAUAAGCCGGACGUACUUUUAUUUACUUUCUUAUUAUUACCAAGUCGGAGCGAUCGAUGACGCACGAAGUGCUGAUCAUCGACGUGCAGCGUCCAAUUGUCAACGCCAACAACGCCAACAACAACAACAACAACAACAACAACAACAACAACAGCAGUCAGGAAUACAACGGCGAACAAAAAGCGAAGACAAUAGCUCAUUGUCUUGCGAUUACAGUCGAUGUUAUGCGUUUUUCCUCUUGCUACUGACUGCAUCGUCGUCGACCUGUCGAGCUCGCAUCAGCUGAUAAUGGGCCCGUCCCUUUGAACUCUUUCUUGGCCGCGCUCACGGAUACAUACACUCGUUAAAGACACGCAAAGCGCCAUCGCCUCCGAUAAGCCACCUGGUGCGUUAGCUCUUUAUUUUGCUUCUUUUUUUGAAGAGCGGCCUUGUCGAAACUGCCAAAAGAAAAAGCACAUGGCCAUAUACCACGAGUAUACUUGGUAAGAUCCGUUUGACGGAACAGUCGAUCUUACUCUCGCGUACGCACGACUUGCAAUAAUAACUAAGCGACGUAUACGUUAUUGGUUCUCGACGAAACGUUAAAACGGUCCUUGAGGCCAGCAAUUUUCAUUGCCGUACGCGAAUGUUCAAACGAAUUGAUUUUCAAACGACUCUCGAUAUUACAAUAUACCUCCUCGCCGAUGUAAUGGGCAUAUUAUACUUUGUUCGAGCUUUCACGUAGUAGUGACGCUUUUUGCUUAUUUUCCUUUCUUCCUUCGUGCUUUCCGUGCUCCGUUAGUCGAAAAGAGAAAAGAGAGAAAACAGGAGAAUAACAGGUAGAGGCUGCAUUCGACGUGCAGCGCAGCCCACACCGAGGUUAAAGCCCCUUGAGCUUAUAUACAUGGUUCACACAUUGUAUUAUGUGUAUAUGUAUAUCCUGCCUCUCUCACUCACUCUCUCUCUCUCUCUCGCAAGUUCUCCAUUGUAACGUUCGGCUCCUUGUCCCAUUAAUUUUAAUGGCCGCUUCCUGUAUAGCAUGUCUAUAUUCACACAAGCGGACACGUUCGCAAGCCUUGCGAGUCAAUUAUAGCCCUUACUCUCUCUACACACACGAGUCUCUCUUCCAUAUACACGUUGCUCAUCACGCGCAUUAUAAUGUAUAUUUCUGUCUCUGUUGCUUUUGACGGCAAAUUCUCCGCUCGGUAGCUGCGGCCGUGCGUGUCUCUCUCUCUCUCUUGGAGCACAGGAAUUCGCCCUCUUGGAGCGUGCAACGUGUAUUGUAGUUGUACGCGAAACACACGUCGAACCCUGCAUAGCACACACGCGUCCAAGUACAAGCUCUCGAGCAAAGUUCACAACCAGCCCAGGGUCCUAUUAAUUAACCAGGUGGACGUGUCGAAGUGCGACGACGGCCGAGGAUCGAGUCUUUUGGCCAGAAAUUUACGUUCGCACCCCCCCGUUGUAAUUGGAGUUUGAGUUGUACGUGUACAUGUUAACGAUACACAUACACACACGCACACAUGUUACCGGAGAAGAAGGGCCCCCCGCAACUGCUGCUGCUGCUGCUGUUGUUGUAUUCGCUAGCGAACGCUGAGAAUAUUGUACUGACACACUACGACAAAGUAUGAAAGUUGCGUUUGGACGUACUACACGACACAAGUAUUGUAUUGUAUUAUUAUUGUAUUAAAUGGUACGAAUAAAACGACAAAAAUAAUUUUUAAAAGAAAGAGUAUAAAAAACGAAAAAGGGCGAGUAUUAAAAAAAUUUUAACGAGAAUAAAAAUGUAUAAUUAUUAACAUAAGCAGUGCUUAAGUCAAAGUGAUAACGAAUAAAUUACAGAAAUAUAUUAUAUAAAUAUAUCUAUAUAUUAUUAUAUAAAUAUAUAUAUAAAAAGAAAAGUUAUAAAUAAAACGACGUAAAAAGUAAAACAAUUUAUUUAACAAAUAAAUUUGACGAUGUGGAUUUUACAGAUGCAUAAUGAUGAACGAUUGUUUUAUAUGGGACAGAAAUAAUGUUUAAAUACCGAAAAAACAAUUUAAGGACAAUUUAUUUGUUACAUGCAUAAAAUGUAAAAAAAAACAACUUCGCGUAUGUGACUGUUGCAAGAGAAUAACGUUUAUUGCCGCACCGAUGUACAUUCAAAAAGCUCAGUAAUUUUAUAUAUUUGCCAGGUUUAUCAUUAUUAUUAUCAUUGAAAUUAUGAUUAUAUAAUUAUGGGCAUGAGCGUUCGCGACUCUGCGUGCAUGAGUGUGCAUAUAGGCAGAGCCGAGAAUACGUAAUGUUAUGGGUAAUCGAUAAAAGCUCCGCGAUGCUGCAUGGCCAUCCGGCAAAUACGUUAUAUCUGGCCGGGACGAGGGAAGAUAAGGGGAAAAAUUAAACGUUAUAAUCUGCACACUCACAUACUCAUAUCGAAAAAUGAAAAUGACGCUAUUAUGAUUAUGUAAUACGUGAAUUAUAUAAAUUAAUAAUUUAUUGUACACGAAGUUGUAUAAGAAAAAUUUUAAACUAAACGAACAAGAUUAUAAAAUAAAGACGUUUAUACGUGUAAAGAUCCAACACCUAAAAUGCCUCAUUGGUUACACUUCAAUAUUUAUAAUAAAAAUAAUAAAAUAAAUCGUAAAUACAGUCGUAAAUAAUUGAUUAACUUAGUUUUAAAAACUAUAGUACAUUAUUAAUGACUUUAUUGAAAAGUGUGUAUGAAAAAAUAAUGUAUUGAAUGUAAUGAAAGCGAGCGUCUAUCCAAGUGUGUCAAGUAUGAGUGAAUUGUUAAUGCAUUGAUGUGUUGUCGCAAUGCAAAUGUGAAUUAAGUACCUUGAAGAAAAAAAAGAAAAAAAAAUUCAGUAUAAAACAAGAAAAUGUUCAAGUUUAUAUAGCUGCCAUUAAAUGAGUACACAUCGGUGAAUCGUUGUCUCCCUUGCUUUUAUCAUAUUAUAAGAAUACGGUUGCUUUCGAAAAUAAUAAUCGUUGUGAAUAUUAACACUGCUGCGCGCUUAUGUCGUCGAUUAUGCUUCUGCAUUAGCUCACACGCAGCAGCUGCUGCCAUUUUUUAUUAAAUUUUGCUACUGCUGAAAAAGAAAAAGAAAAUUAGUAACACAACA